AUGGAGUUUUCACCUCUGCGUUGUGUAACCUUGUCCCUUACUAUGAUCACUCAUGUUCUCAUACUUUUUUCCCUGAACCUAUUUGGGUUGGAGUCUGCCACUGCAGCGACGACCUCCGGAAAUGACACUGAUUGGCUUGCAUUGCUCGAGUUCAAAAAACAAAUAACUGAUGAUCCUCUAGGAGUCCUGAGCUCAUGGAAUGGUUCCGUCCAUCUCUGUGACUGGCACGGAGUAACAUGUGGUCGACGACGACGACAAAGGAUCAUCGGUUUGAACUUGGAGGGGAAGAAGCUGGUGGGAACCUUGUCACCCCACAUAGGCAACCUCUCCUUACUUAGCUUUAUCAAUCUCCAAAACAACAGCUUCCAUGGAAGUAUCCCCCAAGAAGUUAGCCGGUUGUCUAUGUUACGUGAUAUCCUUCUGAACAACAACUCCUUUGGAGGUGAGAUCCCGCACAACCUCUCUCACUGCUCCAAUCUCAAACACCUCACUUUACACUACAAUAGAAUAGAAGGGAAAAUUCCUGUUGAACUUGGCUCUUUAACCCACCUUGUGAACCUAUCUCUGGGUAGCAACAACUUAACAGGAGGAAUACCAUAUUCCAUUGGGAACCUUACAUCUCUCGAGCAUCUUUCAUUUGAAGGAAACAGUUUGGGGGGUAACAUUCCAAAUAUCUUCAACCAAAUGAAAAGACUAAAACAUUUGGAGUUUGAGCUGAAUGAUUUUUUCGGUAUCAUACCUCCCUCAGUUUACAAUCUUUCAUCUCUCACGUUGAUAGCUCUGACUGGUAAUAAACUAAAUGGUAGUCUUAGACCCAACAUUGGCCUUGCUUUUCCUAAUCUCCAAUUCUUAUGGGUUGGAGACAACCAAUUUAGUGGACCCAUUCCGUUUUCCUUGUCCAAUGCAUCAGGGCUCAUUGAGAUUGACAUCCCUGGCAACAACUUUACUGGACCUGUGCCCAUGGAUUUGGGUAGCAUACAGACCUUGCAGUGGCUUGGUCUAGGAGAGAAUCCUAUCGGAAGAGGAGAAGCUGAUGAUUUGAAUUUUAUCACAUCCUUGAUCAAUUGUAGCGAUCUAUGGACAUUGUCUCUUUAUGACUGCAAUUUUGGAGGUAUGUUACCCAGCUCCAUAGCCAACCUCUCAACCCAACUCAUACAGCUAUCAUUUACAGGAAAUCAGAUAAUUGGUGGCAUCCCUAUAGGAAUCGAGAACCUUGUCAAAUUAAUUUCUCUGGAAAUGGACAACAACCUCUUGACGGGUAGCAUUCCAGAUUCCAUUGGAAGGCUUUCAAAGUUACAGUUGUUAUCACUGAGUGGAAAUAGAUUAACAGGACAGAUCCCACCCUCCCUGGGCAAUAUGACUCAAUUGGUAUAUCUGGAUUUGUAUAAUAAUAACUUAAGAGGAAGGAUACCUCCAAGUCUUGUUAAUUGUCAAGGACUACAAGAAGUGUACCUUUCUCAUAACAAACUCAAUGGCACCAUACCCAAAGAAGUAAUUGGUCUUUCAUCCCUCUCUAUUAUCCUUGAUGUUUCUCAUAACUCAUUAACUGGUUCUCUUCCACUGGAAGUUGGAAGCUUGAAAAAUCUUGGUCAUUUGGAUGUUUCUUAUAACAGGAUGACAGGCGAAAUUCCAAGCACGCUCGGAAACUGCUUAAGCUUGGAACACCUUUAUAUGCAGGGUAAUUUCUUCCAAGGAACCAUUCCAUCAUCUUUGAGCAAUUUGAAAGCUAUUCAAGAUUUAGAUCUUUCAAAUAACAAUUUGUCUGGUUCAAUUCCUAAGUCUCUCGGAGGGUUGCCGCUUCUGCAGUACUUAAAUUUAUCCUUCAACAGCUUUGAAGGGGAGGUACCUGUUGUAGGAGUCUUUCUAAAUGUAACAGCUGUUUCAGUUGACGGAAACAGAGGACUUUGUGGGGGUAUACCAGAAUUGAAGCUGCAACCAUGCCCCAUGGAGGAGUCCAUGAAAAAGGGAAAGUCUCUUACUUUCAAGCUAGUAACAGCAAUAGUUAGUGUGAUUCUGGGCUUAACCCUGAUUCUGGCACUUUUCUUUGUGUGCUGGAGAAGAAAGCCAAAGGGGAUAUCCUCUUCUGAACCUCUAGUUGAGGAAUGUUCCACCCCUCCAUUUGGGGAAUGGUACUUAAAGGUAUCUUAUAGAGAUCUAUUUAAAGCAACUGAAGGGUUCUCUUCAGGAAAUUUGAUUGGUUCAGGAGGUUAUGGGACUGUUUACAAAGGAAUUCUCCACAAUAAUACUAUUGCAGUGAAGGUACUUAACACUCAACAACGAGGAGCUUCCAAGAGCUUCAUGACUGAAUGCGAAGCUGUGAGAAACAUCCGUCAUCGCAAUCUCAUUAAGAUCAUAACUGCCUGUUCAAGCAUGGAUUUGAAUGGUAAUGAUUUCAAAGCUCUAGUAUUUGAGUUUAUGCCAAAUGGGAGUCUGGAGGAGUGGUUGCAUCCAGGAGAAGAGAAAAAUAGUCAAUCUAGAAAAUUAAAUUUUCUAGUAAGACUAAAUAUUGCAAUUGAUGUCGCUUCUGCAUUGCAUUAUCUUCAUUACCAGUGUGAAGCACCGAUUGUUCAUUGUGAUUUGAAGUCAAGCAAUGUUCUUCUUGACAAUGAUAUGACUGCUUGUGUGAGUGAUUUUGGCAUGUCAAGGCUUCUUUCAAAUUCCACAAAAAAAUUAACUCAGAAACAGUUCAGCUCGUUUGCAAUAAAGGGAACUAUUGGGUAUGCUGCACCAGAGUAUGGCAUGGGUGCCGAGGUUUCAACUCAUGGGGAUGUUUAUAGCUAUGGUAUACUGUUGUUAGAGAUGUUCACGGGAAAAAGACCCACUGCUGAAAUAUUUAAAGAUGGUCUGAACCUUCAUAACUACUGUAAAAUGGCUUUGUCAGAGCGAGUGAUGGAGAUUGCAGACCCAUUACUUCUAUUAUAUGGGGAAGAAAUUGAGCAAAAUGGGGAAAAAGAGACAGCCACUAACAAUGAAUAUUUGAGCGGAUCGGGACACAAAAUGCAGGAAUGCUUGAUUUUUGUAAUUCGAAUAGGAGUUGCUUGUUCUGCAGAGUUGCCAAGAGAAAGAAUGGACAUGAAUGAAGUUACAAGGGAAAUGAAUUCGAUUAGAAACACUUUUCUUGGUGCUAGAUAUUAAAGAGACAUGGAAAAAGAUGAACUACGCCCCAACUUAGAUUUCACUGCUGUUAUGAAGGAAAGCCUUUAAGAAUCGGAGUAGUGCAGAAACUGAAACUUGGUCCAGCAUAUGGGCAGCUGCAAGGGAGAAUGUUGGCAACCCUGAAGUUUAGUCUGUUGGUCAGUGUUUCUUCUAGAUCAUGUGAAUAAUAUUAUAUCUAGAAGCGCCAGGGGUAGACCAAAAAGUA